AUGGUUGGCGAGACAAAGGAAUUCAUUGAGGUCUUCUCGCCUCAAGCGGGCCUUUACACGUUUCCUGUUCUGGCCUCAUGUUUGCCGCCGCAGCGCCAAGGACCAUACCUUCUGCGGCCGGGGCAGAUGACCUCCAUUCCGUUCCGAAACGUUUUUCCGGAGCCCAUCACAGUCACGCUGUUGACAGACUCGCCCAGCUUCGUGGUGCCCAAGACGACAGAGAAUGUGGCGGCGAAGAAAACCAUCAACAUUCAGGUGAUGCACAGACCGGAGGAGGGCGGUCAAGGCCUGCAGACGUGCAAACUCACCGUCUCUGGCGCCUACCAUGGCGAGACGUUGCGGUGGGUGUACUACCUGAAGUUGGCCAUACCGAAUUUGCCGCCCUCCGACUCAGUGUCGCCCGUCAGACGGAGGGAGUAG